AUGACAUCAGAUGUUUCAUCACUGGGCUCAGCCAUUGCUUCUGGGAACCCAGGGUCUGGAAUCCAAGGUGGGGGCGCCAUGGGCCAGAGGGCUAUUAAGCGAAGGCCAGGGUUGGAUUUUGAUGAUGAUGGAGAAGGGAACAGUAAAUUUUUGAGGUGUGACGAUGACCAGAUGUCUAACGACAAGGAGCGGUUUGCCAGGUCGGAUGAUGAGCAGAGCUCUGCGGAUAAAGAGAGACUCGCCAGGGAAAAUCACAGUGAAAUUGAGCGGCGCCGACGGAACAAGAUGACAGCCUACAUCACAGAGCUGUCAGACAUGGUGCCCACCUGCAGCGCCCUGGCGCGGAAGCCGGACAAGCUCACCAUCUUGCGCAUGGCGGUUUCUCACAUGAAGUCCCUGCGGGGGACCGGGAACACGCCCACGGACGGCGCCUACAAGCCGUCUUUCCUCACCGAUCAGGAACUGAAACAUUUGAUCUUGGAGGCAGCAGAUGGCUUUCUGUUCAUUGUCUCAUGCGAGACAGGCCGGGUGGUCUACGUCUCUGACUCAGUGACCCCUGUUUUGAACCAACCACAGUCUGAGUGGUUCGGCAGUACACUCUAUGACCAGGCGCACCCAGAUGACGUGGACAAGCUCCGUGAGCAGCUUUCUACUUCAGAGAAUGCGCUGACAGGGCGCAUCCUCGACCUGAAGACCGGAACUGUGAAGAAGGAGGGGCAGCCGUCCAUGAGGGUGUGCAUGGGCUCCCGGAGGUCCUUUAUCUGCCGGAUGAGGUGCGGCGGUAAUUCUGUGGACCCAGUCUCCAUGAACAGACUGAGCUUCGUGAGGAACAGAUGCAGAAAUGGACUCGGCUCUGUGAAGGACGGGGAACCUCACUUCGUGGUGGUGCACUGCACAGGCUACAUCAAGGCCUGGCCUCCGGCAGGUGUCUCCCUCCCGGACGAUGACCCGGAGGCUGGCCAGGGCAGCAAGUUCUGUCUCGUGGCCAUUGGCAGGCUUCAGGUAACUAGUUCUCCGAACUGUACAGACAUGAGUAAUGUUUGUCAACCGACAGAGUUCAUCUCUCGACACAACGUAGAGGGACUCUUCACUUUCGUGGACCACCGCUGUGUGGCCACCGUCGGCUACCAGCCACAGGAGCUUUUAGGAAAGAAUAUUGUAGAAUUUUGCCAUCCUGAAGACCAGCAGCUGCUAAGAGACAGCUUCCAACAGGUGGUGAAGCUAAAAGGCCAGGUGCUGUCUGUCAUGUUCCGGUUCCGGUCCAAGAACCGAGAAUGGCUGUGGAUGAGAACCAGCUCCUUUACUUUCCAGAACCCGUACUCGGAUGAAAUCGAGUACAUUAUCUGUACCAACACCAAUGUGAAGAACUCCAGCCAGGAGCCACGGCCUGCCCUGUCCAGCACCAUUCAGAGACCACAGCUAGGUGCCCCAUCUAACUUACCCUUGGAGACGGGCUCAGGGCAGCGUGUGCCCAGGCAGCAGCAACAGCAGACGGAGUUGGAUGUGGUAGCAGGAAGGGACGCGCUGGCCAGCUACAGUCAUCCCCAGGUUGCUGUUCAGCCUGUGACAGCCGCAGGGCCGGAACACAGUAAGCCUCUGGAGAAGGCGGAUGGUCUUUUUGUGCAGGACAGAGACCCCCGAUUUUCAGAAAUCUACUCCAGCAUGAACGCAGAUCAGAGCAAAGGCCUCUCCUCCAGCACUGUCCCUGCCACCCAGCAGCUGUUCUCCCAGGGCACAACCUUCCCUCCUACCCCCCGGCUGGCAGAGAACUUCAGUGCUUCACCUCUGCCUGUCCCCCCCAGAAGCAGUCACCUGGCCGCCCCCGGCACCACCGUGCAGCCAGCAGCCCCGGCGGGGCAGAUGCUGGCCCAGCUCUCCCGCCACGCCAAGCCCGCCCCAGGCGCCGCCCCGGCCUGGACACCCAGCACCCGCCCAGGCUUCUCUGCCCAGCAGGUAGCUGCCCAGGCGACGGCCAAGGCGCGCCCUUCCCAGUUUGGGGUGAGCACCUUCCCGGCCCCAGCCUCCUUCAGCCCCAUGUCCCUCUCUGGCGCUGCUGCUGCUGCUUCUCCCGGCGCUGCUGCCUACCCGGGCCUCGCCAGUCGCGGCUCCAGCUUUGCUCCUGAAGCUGGACAGGCGGCCGGACAGUUCCAGACACGGACAGCAGAGGGCGUGGGGGUCUGGCCUCAGUGGCAGAGCCAGCAGCCUCACCAUCGCUCAGGUUCUAGUGAGCAGCACGUUCAGCAGCCGCCAGCACAGCAGCCCGGCCAACCUGAGGUGUUCCAGGAGAUGCUGUCCAUGUUAGGAGAACAGAGCAGCAGCUACAACAGUGAAGAAUUCCCUGACCUGACUAUGUUUCCCUCCUUUUCGGAAUAGGACUUUUGGGGUGAGGAUAGGGGUGGGGGAGAAAAUCAACCGUUUGUUUUUAAAAAGCAGAUCUUUCUGUAAACAGAAUAAAGUUUGCCUCCCUGCCCUGCCCUCACCCCCAUCGUGUCCCCUCCCCUCGGCCUCUCCCUCGCCCCCUUGCCUCUACAACAACAUCUGUAGAAGAAACGAAGCAAGUCCUCAAGGCUUUGGAGCCCUUUGGGCGACGGGGCUGGGUAAGGCGAAGAAGCCUGUCCUGUAGUCCCCACCGGACUGCCCCCCAUGAGUGGGGCUGGCUGGGGCCGAGGGCGCCCCGCAGCCUGUGCUCACCCUGGACGGCUUGUGUCUGGGCAGAAAUUCUGAAUGAGGUGGGAGCGUGGAGUGUCCUCCUAGGCGAGGACCGUGAGACGUGAUAGGGGCUUUCGGGGGCAGUGGGCUCUCUCUGGAGCUGUGGGCGGUUCCUCUGGAAAGACUGCGGGAGAGAUGAUGGGAGUGAGUGUGUGCUUUUCUCUUUGUUUCUCCCUAUUUGGGAGUUAUGCAGAAUUUGUUACAGAUUUUAUCUUUGUCUUCUGUAUGUUUCUCGAAGAGUCCCAAGGAGUUUAACCUUCCCAGGCAUUUUCUGCUUAGUACCGCAGCCGAGGAGUGUUUAAAUGAAAGUCCUUGCCGCACUCAGCUUAACAGGCCCAGGCUCUGGGGCAGAUUGAGCUCACUGACACAGUGAUCAGGCUGGUUCACUCUGGUGUGCUCACCUUACAUGGGAGGUCUGCAAACAGGACUGCGUAGGCGGCAAGACAAACACUUGAACAAAAAACAACCCACGCUGGCCAGAAGGUUGCUGCAUUUUUCUGUCAGUCACGUGCAGUAUGUGCUCUGUGGAGGUUGUUUCUGCAUGGAAGCUCAACUUCUUGGAUGCACAGUCUCAGUGAAAAUCCUACUGCUGGAGGCUCAACCGGAUACCAAGCCUCUUGCAAGGAGCCUCUUUUAUCCUGUUCUCAAAGUGUAUUCGUCUCUCAAGAAGCAGAUGUGGGUAUUUUCUGGGGCCUUUGCUCUCCCUCGUCUCCAGCCUCGAGGUUGGAUUUUGCAUCGAAGCACCCAUGUGGUAAACCAUGUGGUGGGCCUGGACGCCCACCCUGCAGGGCCAUGUGGUAACUGUAGCCACAGAAAUGCAGCCUCCUGCCCUCCUCAGGUAAUUCAGUGUACCAGCCAUGUUUUGGUUUUAAUCGGCUCAGGCCAGUGCCCUACAUGUAAAACUACGGCGUUACUGACCGCCCCAUGGGGGUGAGGCGCAGCGUGACCUUGGGGGGCUGAGAGCCGCCAGUUCCCCCCUCUGUCUCCAGGCACCGCCACGUGCUGCAGCGGGGAAGGAGACAGUUUAUUUUUUUAUUCUCUGCACACAUACAGUAUACAUAUAUAUAUUUAUAUCGCAACUUAAGAAACCAAAAGGUUGAGUUUCCAAUGGAAUCCUUGUUUUUUAAUAAUCAGCUGUUUUUAAAUGUGAUCAGGACUACAGUGCUGUACAGUUGUCUUAGGACUUUGAGGAAGGGAAGGUGGGAAGAAGAUGCUCCGGGGGUUGGUUUCUGCUUUUCCUUCAGGGUUUUAUUUUGAUUGUUCUCUUUGUUUCUGGGUGGCCAUCUCUGGACAGCUAGCAUCGGAGCUGAGCCUUUCAGUGGCAAAAAAUAAUGACAUGUAGCAAAGAUUUUAAA